CACUUUGACAACCCGAUGGUCCCAAUUCUGCUGUACUCCCUCAUGCUGCUCACCAUGGCGCUUAACCUGUUGGUCAUCAUCUCCAUCUCCCACUUCAAGUAAUGGAAUUACUCUGUUUGCAGCUCCACACUCCUACCAACCUCCUCAUCCUCUCCCUGGCUUUCUCAGAUUUCUUCGUGGGCAUCGUCGCAUGCUCUCACAUUCAAAUGUCAAACAACUGCUGGGUUUUCAGCGACAUCAUCUGCCUCCUGGACAGCUGGCUCAACCUCACCAUUACCUCUUGCUCCAUCGGCAACAUCGUGCUCAUAUCAGUCGACCGCUAUGUGGCCAUUUGUGACCCACUGCAUUACACAAACAAAAUCACAGUGAGGGGAGUGCAAAUCUGCACGUCGCUCUGCUGGCUCCUUUCUUUCCUCUACAACAGCUUGAUCAUGUGGGAUAACUUCAGUCUUCCAAACAGGUUCAUUCCCUGCAUUGGCAGCUGUGUCCUUUUCCUCAAUUCCAUCAUAGGAUUAAUUGACUUUGUUGUGUCCUUCUCUGGUCCUGUCACGGUCAUCAUAGUUCUGUACAUGAGAGUAUUUGUGGUGGCUGUGUCUCAUGCUCGUGCCAUGCGCUCCCACGUCAUGCAGCGACGCACGGAGAUGGUGCUCAUCAAGAAGUCGGAGCUGAAAGCAGCCAAGACUCUCGGUGUUGUUGUGGUCGUGUUUCUUUUGUGUCUGUUCCCGUCUUACGGCUUUAAUUUUUCACAGCAGGGUGGUGCGGCUAAUAUUUCAAAGGUGUCCUUCGAGAUCUGGCUGUUCUUUUUUAACUCUUGUGUGAACCCGCUGAUUUAUGCCUUUUACUACCCCUGGUUUAUGAAAUCUGUCAAGAUCAUCGUUACAUUUAAGGUCUUUAAGCCUGACUCGUGUGAGGCCAGAAUCUUAUAGAGAGACGACACCUUACGUAGGUUUGCACAGAUGUGAGGGCAUUUAAACUAACUACGUCUAUUAAUAUGAAUAUCGCUUAUAUCUCUGUCUUGUUAAGGAUAAUAAUAACAAUAUACGUUUUGUGUUUUUCUGUGUUUCUCCUUGUACGGCGUCCUUUUACACACAUGGAAUUAUACGUUGUUUCAAAGGAAAUGAAUAAACAUUUAUAUCUGCUCUUAGAAAAGUGUGUAAAGCAUUAUUUACAGUCCUGUUGAAUACCAGAUGAGCCGAAUAAAAUGU